AUGGUAUUGUCUACUGAAACAUGGAGUUGUUCACCUCACCAUCUUUAUACAAUUGAGUAUUGUCACCACGGAGACGGCAAGAUUUGGUAUUCUAUCCCAAAGAGAGCUAGAGAUCGGUUUCUUCAAUUUAUUAAAGAUGAAAGUAAUGAUGAUACAAAUGACAUGAACAACUGUAUGAUUUCUUAUGACGCUGUAGCGAAGGCUGGAAUUCCUGUUUAUAGAGUGACGCAAGAUGUCGGUCAAUUUGUGGUAAAAUUUCCCGAGGCCUAUCAUUCAUCUCUGUCGAUGGGUUUCUCUGUUUCCGAAUUCCUCUCGUUUGCUCCACUAUCUUCUCUUUCGACGGUUAAAUCAACAUUUAUGCUGCACAGGAAAAGCAGCGAAGAGACAUUAAAUUAUCUUAUUCCUGAAAUCGCGGAGUUGAGAAAUGUGGAAAGUGAUUUAAGAAAUCAACUGAAAGAGUAUGGAUGUCACGAGAAUAAGUCGGAUAAGGAAUCAACCCAAGAAAAGAGAUGUCGAGCUCGUAAAAUGGACUUGGGUGAAAUUGAAAAGUGUUAUGAAUGUAAUGCUUAUUGUUUUCCAUCAACAGUUUUAGACGUAAGAAGUAACUCAUUUUGUCUUCGUCAUGCUAUUGAGAAACUAAAAGAUGACAAUAGCAUUAAACUAACUUUAACAUCGCACAUCUCUUUGGUUGAGUUGAAUCAAUUGUUAAAAGAAGCUGAGGAAACCUUACAUGAAAUUCGUACAACACCACGGAAAGUAAGAAAACGUAGAAUUAAUGAAGCAGGCAAUCAAGGUAAUGUUGUUGGUUCAUCAUAA